UUCGACGUGCAUUCGCCAAGUUCGCCCUCCUCCAAUAGACUGGCGUAAACAUUUGCUUGACAUGGUGGACAGCCAAUCGGAGUGAUGCAGCCGAUGUUUCCCGGUUGUCGAAUAUCGGCGGAAUUCAUUCAACCAUUUCGGUGGCUCGAUUAAAAACAAAAAUCCAAAUGAAUUCCAGUUCUUUUCCACUGUCGUUCAAUGAGGCUCGUUCUCCUCCAGUAGAAUUGUGCAGGCGUUUGAUUGACAUAGCUGACAGCUAAUGGCAGCAGCGACGCGUCCGUCGUGACGACGCCCCGUGUCAGUUUCCGGCCGCAGUGUGCUUCUUUCGGGUGCGGGUGCUGGUGCUGAUGCUGAUGAGGGAGACCCCGCCGAUCUCGGUCGCAUCAUGUUUUUUGCCGUGCUUGUUCGCCUGCUGUCACAGCGCUGUUGCGUGGACCUGUGCCUGGCCGGCUUGCUGUUGUUCCUGAGCGGGCUGCAGCAAGCAGAGGCAGCCGCCGCCGCAGGGGCCGCCGCCGCCGCCGGAGCCCCCACAGUGGAGAUGGCCAACCUGAACUGGAAGCCGUUUAUCUACGGUGGGAUGGCCUCGAUCGUCGCCGAAUUUAGCACGUUCCCCAUCGAUCUGACAAAGACCCGGCUCCAGGUGCAGGGUCAGUCCCAGUACACGGAGGUGCGCUACAGAGGCAUGUUCCACGCCCUGUUCAGGAUCGGGAAGGAGGAGGGCGUCCGGGCGCUUUACUCAGGCAUCUCACCUGCCCUGUUGAGGCAAGCGUCUUACGGGACCAUCAAGAUCGGAACCUAUAACUCGCUGAAGAGGCUUUUUGUCAGUCACCCAGAGGACGAGACCAUGGUCAUCAACGUCUUCUGCGGAGUGGUCGCCGGCGUCCUGUCGUCCUCGCUGGCCAAUCCCACAGACGUGCUCAAGAUCCGAAUGCAAGCGCAGGGCAGUUUGCUGCAAGGCAGCAUGAUGUCCAACUUCAUCAACAUCUACCAGACGGAAGGCACCAGAGGCCUCUGGCGAGUGAGUGAGCGGGUGGGAAAGCCGUUGAAACAAUUUGCCCGCUUCCAUUUACACGUCGGCGGCGCUCCUCAGGGCGUCAUUCCCACGGCGCAGAGGGCCGCCAUCGUCGUCGGCGUUGAACUCCCCGUCUACGACAUCACAAAGAAGCACCUCCUCCGAUCCGGCGUCAUGGGCGACACCAUUUUGACACACUUCAUCUCCAGUUUCACGUGCGGCCUGGCAGGGGCGCUGGCCUCCAACCCCGUGGACGUGGUGCGCACACGCAUGAUGAACCAGCGCGUGCUGUCGGGGGCGCCCAUGUACAAAGGCACGCUGGACGGCGUGAUGCAGACGUGGAGGAACGAGGGCUUCUUUGCGCUCUACAAAGGAUUCUGGCCUAACUGGCUGCGGCUGGGCCCUUGGAACAUCAUCUUCUUCAUCACCUUCGAGCAGCUGAAGAAGCUCCCGUUGUAAGCGAGGAAGGCCAGUCGGAAGGCCACCCACCGAUCGGUCGGUCGGCCUGUUGGGGAGACGCAGAAGAAGGAGAAGUACCGGGCGGCUUUGCACUCUCCUCUACCAGCAUCGGCCGACCUCCCCGCACACUCAUCCGUCACCUCGUGUAUUUUUGUUUUCUUCUUUAGUUUGCUCUUUCUUCACGGUUGAUUGAUUGAUUGUGUUUUCGCCACAGUCAUAAGCACUGAGACCAGGCAGCUACGUUUUAGCAGGAGACUGAGUUAGAACCUGGUUACUGCCGCACGCACACCAGGUGAGUUUGAACCUCCAUUUUUCUUCCAAGGUGUUUUGCUCAUCCGGUAGUCAAGUGACGCGCAUCUGCGAGCCUUGAAAUGUCCUUCUGUUACAAGAACUCCAUCGCAAGGUGCCACACUUGUAUGUUGUUGGCCGGAGAUUCUAGAGGCGCAAAAAGCCUGACGUCAAUCUGAGCCAAAGCCUUUUCUGUGGCACUGACACACACACACACACACACACGCGUAUAUAGACUGAUGCGGUUCACAGCUCGAAAGGAAGGCCAAAAGUGCCAAAAGUUGUUUUGCCUGCAUCUCAUCUACACUAUGGCUGUGACUCGCUCGUGCAGUGCAGACGUUGGGACGCAUUUGUAGUACCAAAACAUCCGAAAUUCCUCACAUUUCAUUGAAUGAUUUCACUUUGUCUUACCCAAACAUGUGUAUUGUCAGAGUGCAGCUGCUUAUUUAAUGUGUUUUGUUUGAUGCUUAUUUAUUUUGGCGAGUUGCUUGACACUUGUAUUUAUUCCUCUUGUCGGAUCACAUGUCAAUCAAGGCUGCUUCUUUUUUUUCCUUUUCUUUCCACACAAUUCCAACACAGUGAACACUCCUCACGUUUGUGAGCAGUUUGGCGCGUCACGUCAUCAUCGCCAGUCAUUCAUUCCCUUCUACUUGCCUUUUGUUGCAUUGAAUAAGAGUACUGAAAUAUACUUGGGAGGUCCUCAAAUGGAUUUUAUAAAGGCCACACUUAAUUUAUGAAUAUUGCAACAGAGAGCGAGCACUUCUUUGUUGGUGUUGGUUUUUCUUUAGUGCUUGUCGAAUCGGAGGGAUUUUAUUUUUGGGUGGAAGUUUUGAAUGCGGGUUUGUUGUUUCUCAUCUGUUGUGAGUCAUUUCAUGGCUUCAAUCCAUGUACUGUACACUCCAAAUAAUAAUUAAAAAAAUUCAGUCGUAU